AGGCCUGCUUGUCUGGGGGUGGGGCCUCGGGAGCGCUGGGCUUUGAGAGAGGUCUGCGGGUACUCAAGUCCUGGAGUCCGGAGACGGUGGAGAUAUGGCGACCCCGCGCGACGCUGAGAUCCGGAAGGACGUGCAGACCUACUAUGGGCAGGUGCUGAAGAAAUCAGCAGACCUCCAGACCAAUGCCUGUGUCACUGCAGCCAGGCCGGUCCCCCAGCAUAUCCGGGAAGCCCUGCAGAAUGUACACGAGGAAGUAUCCUUGAGGUAUUAUGGCUGUGGUCUGGUCAUCCCUGAGUGUCUGGAAAACUGCUGGAUUUUGGACCUGGGUAGUGGCAGUGGCAGAGAUUGCUAUGCUCUUAGUCAACUGGUUGGUGAGAAGGGACAUGUCACUGGAAUAGACAUGACAGAAGGUCAGGUGGAAGUAGCUAACAAGUACAUUGAAUAUCACAUGGGAAAAUAUGGGUUCCAGGCACCCAAUGUGACUUUUAUUCGUGGCUACAUAGAAAAGUUGGAAGAGGCUGGAAUCAAGAAUGAGAGUUAUGAUAUUGUUAUCUCCAAUUGUGUCAUUAACCUUGUACCUGAUAAACAGCAAGUGCUGCAGGAGGUAUAUCGAGUGUUAAAGCAUGGUGGGGAGCUAUAUUUCAGUGACGUCUAUGCUAGCCUUGAAUUGCCAGAAGAAAUCAGGACACACAAAGUUUUAUGGGGUGAGUGCCUGGGUGGUGCUUUGUACUGGAAGGACCUUUCUAUCCUUGCCAAAAAAAUUGGGUUCUGCCCUCCACGUUUGGUCACUGCCAGUUUCAUUACAGUUCAAAACAAGGAGCUAGAAAACGUGAUUGGCGACUGCCGUUUUGUUUCUGCAACAUUUCGUCUCUUCAAACUCCCUAAGACAGGACCAACCCAAAAAUGCCAAGUUAUUUACAAUGGAGGAAUCACAGGACACGAAAAAGAACUAAUAUUUGAUGCAAAUUUCACAUUUAAGAAAGAUGAAGCUGUUGAAGUAGACGAAGAAACAGUGGCUAUCUUGAAGAAUUCACGAUUUGCCCAAGGUUUUCUGAUCGGGCCAGAUGGAGAGAAGUUGCCAACAUGUGGAGCCUAUACUGCUUUAGAAGUAAAGGAUGUGAUCACAGAUCCAUUUGAGCUUGCAGGGAGGUCUGACAGUGCAGAGUCCAGAAGCUCCUCCGCUGUUGGUGGCUGCUGCAGUGCAAAGAAAUGCUCCUAAAACAACAGCUGACCAGAAGACAGUGCGCAGGAGGUGAAAGAAUGAGUUACACAUGUCUUAACCCACCCUUUCCCAUAGCCCAUACCUUGCAAAAGAACAAGUGGCAGAAGUCCACUGAUUUCUAGAUAAAAAUAAAUGAGUUUAAAGGUUUACAUCAAAAUCACCUAAAGACCCGGUAAGCCAGUUUCCUCUUACCCGAUUCUGGUGCCACCUGGUGGUCAGAAAUGGAACUGAGCAGCAGUCGGGAAGCUUGGCCCAUGGGCAAGGAAGGCUUUAGAAAAGAGUUGGCCGAGUCUCAGGGAAAACAUCUUCCUUCUGACCCGCAUAGAACCCUUUCGACUUUUCACCAUGUGUGCUCAUUAAACAAAGCUCCUACUGAAAUCAUUCGAAUCAUGCCAAAAGAUUGCCAAAUCAAAUUUGGUAGGAGUGCUCUUGAGAUAAUGGUCUUUUAUAUCAGUUUUUUUCCUCCAAUGUGCAAUUGAAUGAAGAAAAAACCCAAGUGUUCAUUUUUUUGACUUCAGUUUACCCUAACAUAAGACAACAUGGUGACCAUAUGCAGUAAAUCCUAACCAGAUCAGGAAAACAAUUUGAUACUUUUUAAAAGACAAACUAGAGGUAAAAAUGGUGGGUUUUCUUUUCCUUUAUAAAAUUCCCUAGUUAAACCUAUAGGAAAGUAUUAGGUUUAGUCCUAGUUUCCAUAGUUAAAGAAGAAGAUUGAGGGAUUCUUCUCUCCUUAGUCUUCAAGGAUGGUUGAAGAUUUCAAGGAUGGUUGCAUCAUUAGAAAUUAAGAACCUUAAGGGAAGUUUCAAGAAUCAUUAGACCAAUUGAAGACCAGUUUUAGUUGAAGACUUUGUUAGGGGCAGAAUGUGUAAGUCAUAUAUAAGCCAAGGCCCUGGUCAUCAGGAGCUGAUGGUUCAGUUUUUAAAUAACAACCUUCAAGCAAUGAAGAAUUUUGACAAGCAAAUAUCAACUAGUUGCUCUGAGUUCAGUGCAGAAAGAAUAAGGGGGGAUUACGCAUGACUGAAGAGUUUUUUUGUUAGAGGUAGGAAAAUUUUUAGGUCUUCUAAAACGUUGGAAUGAAUUUAUAGGACAUGAACCCUCUUUUAAUAGAGCUGUACAAAUAGAAAAACUCUCAGAUUUCUGAAUGGGUUCAGGUAUAGACUCUGACUUACUACUACAAACUGAGGAAAGGGCUGGGGGUAUACUUCAAGGCUGAUGCAUCUGUGUGACCUUGAUUCUAAACAGUGCUUUUUUCAUUGUAGAGUUCAAUAUCUAUUCAAACAUAACCUACUUCAGUGACAGUAUUACUUAGAAUGGCACAGCUGGGUUUAAGCCUACUUUGCUAUUCAUAAGUGCUCGAUGGUCCUGCAACAGUAAAUGAUGACAAGA